AUGACCGCCCCAUUGGUCACCAUGGAGAACACAAUCAUGUUAGCCGCUUGUCGUGAGGACGAAGAUCUACCGCAAAAUCCGGAAUUACCAGCAGAUCUGUUUACAGCCUGUCUGACCACUCCGAUUCGGAUGGCUUUACGCUGGCAUUGGUUGCGUCAUCAGGAGCAUUUUCCCGGUUACUUGGAUGAAGCAUUACUCGAUCGGAUUCCCGGAUCCCAUUCCAAUCGAAUGUCCUUGCUGGGGGAAGUGAACUGGAUUUUCACUGCAGUUACAGAUACAAUUGCAUGGUGUAGUUUUCCGAUCGAUAUAUUUCAAAAACUGUUUCGGCAAGAUCUGCUUGUUGCCAGCUUGUUUCGUAACUUCCUCCUGGCCGAACGGAUUAUGAAAACGUACGGAUGUACUCCGGUUUCUGCUCCGGCCCUGCUACCCACUUUUCGACACCCAAUGUGGAGCGCUUGGGAUCACGCACUGGAUCGUGUCGUCCAUUACUUGCCCCGAAUACUCCAGAUUAUCGAAGGCAGUCCGCACACGGAACGCAAACUACCCAUUAUUGCUCCGGGAAAUGGAGUUUAUCCCGUCAAUCCGCAGGUGCCCUCGACUGGGACCAACACUGGAGCUGCAGUGGCGGUGGAAACCAAUUCGGACUCAUCCACUGCUGCAGUGGCUGCAGCUGCAGUUGCCGCGGCAGCUGCUCUUCCCGUGACACAUCCCCCCAAUGGUCCCGGUGCAAAUCGCACUAUGGUGGCACCGCCACCUACCGCUCGACCGGGCGUGGAUAAUGCUGCCGGUGUGCUAUACGCACAAGGUUAUACUGGUGUACAGCCAGCACCCAAUGUCAAUCGUGCCCAUUCUUCAGCCUAUGGAAAGCAUCCGGUUCAUGGUCGAUUUUUGUCAACCGCAUCCUUUGUGCUCAUGAUUUUUCAACUGAUGUGCGGGUUUUUUAUGACCCCAUGUGUUCCAUCCCGAAAUACCAUGGCCGGUUUUUGUAAAUCACCUCUGUGGUUGAACAAACUCAAACUGAUAGCCUUCCGUAUCUUGCUCGUAUUUGGUUGGAUUCGCGUGAAUAUGUAUCAUCAUGGCAAGGUGAGUUAUGGCAACAUCCCUCUCGAAUUUCUGGCGAUGAGUGUUGCUAAUUCAAGGAACCGCAGUCUGUUUUAUCUUUGGGUGACAAGGAUCUUCGACAAUUUGAAGCGAGGUUAA